AUGCAGUGCCCGCGUGAUGGGUCCGAACACAGAGGUGCAGACGACAGCGUGCAGGACACGUCCGAGACGAAUCUCACUUCCAAGGUCCUUGUCCUCCCAUCUUUGGCAUGGUUUCUUUGCGAGUCUUCAUUUUCUGGCUUAGCUGGAGCCAAUCGAUGGCUUUGGGGCCAGCUACACUCAAGAGAGUGCUUCCGACCAUUAGUGAUGGCGCUGCCUCCUCUACCAGAGGGGCAGGCGCUUCGGCGGCGGAUUUGGCACCGGUUACUCCUCGGUGCCAUGGAACUUGCCGUUGAAGGCCAUCGCUUUGAGGAUCUUUCCCAGCGACCCAGUGAGGCAGAUGCGGAGAUUCAGCGAGAUGUUGGCCGAACGUUCCCAGAGCGCUUUGAUGAGGCAACUCAACAGGCUUUGUUUCGCGUCCUUCGGGCGGUCUCGCACCGUGUCGAGGACAUCGGAUACUGCCAAGGGAUGAACUUCAUUGCAGGAACCGCCUCGCCAGUGGUGCCAAGAUACAAGGCAUUGUUCUCAGUGCGGCAGUCUGCUCCCAGCCCACAUGAAGCUGUUGCAAUCUUGAGUAGUGCAUUGCCACUGCAAGAAGACUCGGUUUUGCUCCGCCAUGAAGCAGCCUAUGUUUUAGGGCAGCUUGGUGAUGCCUCUGCUAUUCCAGUGCUGCAGCACCUGCUGUUGGACGAGACGGAAGACGAGAUCGUUCGUCACGAAGCUGCAGAAGCUUUGGCUGCUUUGGGAUCGGAGAAGGCCUUGGCGGAGUUGGCAGAGCUUUUGGCCAAAGGAGACACCAGCGAAGCCCUCCGACACACCUGUGAGUUGGCAAUGGCAGGACUUCAGCAAGACAAAGAUGAGGUGUUGCCCAUUUGCGUUUGCCAGUACUCAUCCAAGGACCCAGCUGAGGGCUUACCAGGUGCCACUCAGAAGGAUAUCCCGUGGGCUGCGUCCACACUUUCUGACCAGAGCUUGCCCCUCUUCGAGCGCUACAGAGGGAUGUUCACACUCCGCAACCUGGGCGGUGACGAGGCCGUGAAGUCUUUGGCCGAAGCGCUUUUGCAAGACAACUCAAGCGCAGUGUUGCGGCAUGAGGUUGCCUUUGUAUUGGGUCAGAUGGCAGACGAGACAGCGACGAAGGCGCUGAUGCAGGCCCUUGCCCAGACGAAUGAGCAUGGCAUGGUGCGCCAUGAGGCUGCAAUAGCCUUGGGGAACAUCGGCAGCGAAGAUGGAGAAAAGGUCUUACGUGAGUAUCUCCAAGAUCCGGAUGUCCUUGUGGCCCAGAGCUGCGAGGUGGCGUUGGCUACCAUCUCCUACUGGAGAUCAUGGGAGGAACUUGAAGCUAGACUUGCGGAACAAGCGGAGUAA